AUGUGCCGCCACCUUCCCGUCCGCUAUGGAGGAACCGGGACGUGCUACAACAGGCGCUACUGUAGAGCCGGACUGUGCAGUUGCGGCGCUCCGGCACCAGCAAUGCAGCAGCAAAAUGCACUCCCACAGCGCUACUGUAGGCCUAGCUAUGUGCCUAACGGCGCUACGCUGCAGCGCAUGUGCAGGUACUCCCAGGGCGCUGUGCUUGUGCUGUAUAUCCGUACCUCCCACGGAUUUUUGAUGGCGCUACUUGGCCUUAGAUCCCCUCGUGGCAGUACCGCACAGUACAUACAGUCGCAUCUCCCUUCUCAAACGAGGCACAAUCAGCAGCACAAGCAACCACAAACCGCCAACACCCAGAAGCGGCUGUACAAGCACGCAUGCAUAAGAGUGGCGCCCCUUCAGCCCAAUGAAUGGCCCCUGUCUCGCCAUCUGCUGCAGAGUAACAGCGCUGCUGCUCUUCUCUGCUCUGCUCAUCAACGCUGCUUUGACUAUUCGCACGCCCCCUUGGCCGCUGCUGGGCUGGGUUCCCUCCCGCACAAGUUAGUAUGGCCGGUGUCAGGCGGCGAUAGGGUCGGUGCUUUGGGUUCGGCCGCUGAUCCAGAGCGCAGCGCAGUUACAGUUCGACCCGCUGCGACGCCCGUCUUUGUCUCGCCCAGAGGAUGCUGUUUGGCUGUAUACUGCGAGGUGCUACUGUACAGCCUCGUAGGGCAAGGGAGGAAGGGGGGUGCUGCGAAGACGAACAAUGAAUGUCCAGACGCUCGGCCUGCGAGCCACCGAGUUCCUGCCGCCGGCAUGACGAUGCUAAACGUUGGUGCCAUUAUGAGUGCUUCUAGGCGCGAGUACCGUAGCAUCGCGCAAUAUCCCCGAGGCGAGAAGCUGUGCAGGACAUGA